GUCCUUUGACACGCUGUUCCAUGCCAUGGUGACCAUGCUGCAGCAUGUCACAAAGGGCCCCUGCACACACUGCCCCCUGCGCUAUGGCCGCCUCCAGCCCACCCAAGAUGGCCAGGAGAAUCAGGACCAUGAAGAGGAAAAAUCACAAAUAUUCUUUCUGCCCUCCGUAACCAAAGCUGUGCCAAACCAGAGAUGCUGCCUUCAAAGUGACUCAAAUUCCAACCUAAACCGCUCACCUUCCAGACAACUCCUUCCCCAACACCCCACCAACACCAACACCCCCAAACUCCGGCACAGAAGCCCUCAACACCCCGUCAGGGGCCCCAGCUGCCCCCGUCCCUCUGCAGAGCUUUCCCACCCUCCAGCAGAUGCCCGGGUUCCCUGCACGUGCCAUGGGAUGGCACUCAGGAGGAUCUGCUCCGAGGCCUUCCCCUGGAGCGAGCUCAGGCUGCCAGGCCUACGGGUCCUGGAUCAUCCUUCCCACCGAGCCUUCCUGUGCACGGCUGUUCCAUCUGCACCUUUGGGCUCAGCUCGGACUUCUCCACCUAACCAGGAGUGUUGCAGCGCGCGUGUGCGGGGCGUGCUGGACGGCUGUGGCACAGGCGUGACUGUCCCCCUGCGAGCUCUGCAAUUCCCAGUUAUCGGCAGCUCUGGCGCAGGGACAGACAGCGAUGACACGGGUCUUGGUGUAGAACAAGAUGGAUUUAUUCCUGGGCUCCCCAGCAAGACUGGGGGGCGGGGGUGAACAGAAGUUUUUAUACAGCAACUCAGGAGGCGGGUGUAGGAAAGUGAACCAGUGAGGAUAUGGUAAGGGAGGAAUAUAAGGUGGGGCAAAUAGCUUAUGAGCCUAUCAGGGAAAACAGGGGAGGGGAAUAAUACAAAGUAAGGAGUGGGGUAUCGAGGGCAGCAAGACAGACACUGAACUCUCCGGAGAAAGGGGUAGGGAUAGGGAGGAUUGACAGCUUGGAAGGGAGGAGGUUAGGGAAGGACUUGGGAAAAUUGGCAACUGGGAAAGGGAGUGGAUUAGGCAGGAGAACAGUGGGCAAACAUGGAUUCAAAGCAAAACACACCACAAUAUCUCCCUGUGUCUUUUUACAAAAGGGAGGAGAGUUCUGGGGUUCAAAACAAAUUAAUGAAUCUA